CUGCUCUGAGUUGCUGCAGGUUUAAUGGCAGGGUUCAGAGGCGUCGCGCGCCGUCACCUGUGUGUGGUGUGACUGCAUGACAGAAACGCUGAAACAUGACGUGAACGCACCGCAGCUCGUGCCAUGAUUUGACAUUUCCUGGACACCUCUUGCAGCUGGAGGGAGUCCAGAGAUGCUGCGGCUUGUCUGGCUGCCGGAGUGCCGCUGCGCCACAGCAGGCUGCUCCCUCCAGCUCUGCUGAAACUGGACCUGAUUGCCACCCUCUUAACGCGUCCUGCGGGGAUCGAACCGCCGCUGCACGCUCCACCGCCCGCAGGAUGGGGAGCAGCUUCUCCAGCCUGGCUGCCUUCCAGUCCCUGCACAUCGUCAUGCUCGGCUUGGACUCUGCGGGGAAAACCACCGUCCUGUACCGCCUGAAAUUUAACGAGUUCGUCAACACGGUUCCCACCAUCGGCUUCAACACGGAGAGGAUCCGGCUGGGCGGCGCGGGGGCCUCCAGGGGCAUCAGCUGUCACUUCUGGGACGUGGGGGGCCAGGAGAAGCUGCGGCCCCUGUGGAAGCCCUACAGCCGCUGCACGGACGGCAUCGUGUACGUGGUGGACUCCGUGGACGCGGAGAGGCUGGAGGAGGCCCGGACUGAGCUGCACAAGAUCACCCGCUUCCAGGAGAACCAGGGGACCCCGCUGCUGGUCAUCGCCAACAAGCAGGACCUGCCCCGGGCGCUGGACGUCGGAGAGAUCGAGAGGCAGCUCGCGCUGGCCGAGCUGAGCCCCUCCACCCCCUACCACAUCCAGCCUGCCUGCGCCAUCAUAGGUGAGGGACUGCACGAGGGCAUGGACAAGCUGUAUGAGAUGAUAGUAAAGAGGAGGAAGUCAGUGAAGCAGAAGAAGAAGAAGCAGUGAGUCCUUCCGUGGGAAUAAGAAGUUCCACAUCUCUGUAUCAGGUUUCUACACCAGGACGCUGUGGAUCAUGGAGGAAGCUUCCUGGAAUCAGUCCGUUCCAGGACUGUACAUCCUCCUA